AUGGCAUUUCUCGGACAAUUAUCUGCCAAGUUCAACGAAGUUAAAACCCAACUCCCAUUGAAUUCGGUAUUGGAUAACGUGAACAAAGUCAAACAGAACGUUGUCAACAAUCCUGUUUUCAACAAAUGCACACAGCAACUUGACAGUCUUGGCAAGAUCUUACAAGUAAGGUUUAGAAAAAAACGAGAUAAAAACUUCAACUUUAGCAUAAGCCGACCCAGUUAAGCCUAGGAUUGAAGCUUAAAAUUAAAAUGAAUUUUAAGUUAAAACUUAGUCUGUGCUUAAGAUAGAAGCUAAGGCUAGGAGUUGGCUUGGAGCUUGUCUUGGGUAUGAUCUUACGCUGAAGCUCACGCCCAGGUCCAAUCUCAACUUCAAGCUUUAGUGUAAGCUUAAAUUCAAGCUUGGCUCGAGCUUAUGCUUAAUUCCAGAUUUAAGCUUAAGUGCAGUCUCUGGGUUGGUUUUUGGCUGUGUUUUUUUCUCUGUAUCAGGCUCAAGCUUAAGUUUUUGUUUAGACUUAUGCUUUGGCUGAGUCUCAUGCCAAAGCACGAACUGAAGCUCGAGUUCAAGCUAUAGUUAAGCUUAGUCUCAAACUCAAGCUCAGGCUUGAAGUAAAGCUCGAGCGUAAGCUCAGUCUUAGAUUAAGGCUCCGGUUUAAGCUUAGCUUACUUAAUACCAUGCCUGGGUAAGCCUAGCUUUAUAAAAAAUCUUUAAACUUUUAACGUUGAUUUUUAGGUAAAUGUGAACCUAAAGCAAUCACCGAUUGAUCUCCUGCCUCUGUACACUGCGUUUGACCCUGCACUAGAAAACGCAACUUUUAGGUAGGCUUUAAAAACUUAUCAUAUCAAAAAGUUGAAAUCAUAAAGUACGUCAGUCAGUCAUUAAAUAAAAAUACAAAUUAUGACAUCCGAAGCCACGGACGUCGUUUGGGGGUACCUGAGCCGAUCCGAAAAAAAAAUCCACAGGUAGGUACCUGUACGUGAAAAAACGAAAAAAAAACUUUUCGAAAAAACGGUCCACAGGAGACCAAAAUUUUUUGGGUCUCCACCCCCCCCUCCCCCCCCAGCAGAGAAAAACCGUAGUAGCGACGUCCUUUUAAUUUUAGAUAAUAUUUUAAUUGUUUUGAGAGGUUUUACGUAUAUACGACAAAAUUAACCAAUGUCUGAUAUGAGUUAAAAAUGUCAACAUCAUAAUUAGUUUCAUUUUUGAUUUUUUUGCAAAAAGCCUUAACUUUUUUUUAGGUGCAGCCUACUUUUUAACCUUACCAUUAGCUAUAGAAAUCAUCAUAUACUUAGAGUCAGUCAGUGUUUUGCCGGACCGGUCCGGUCCGCGGACGGACGGACCGAAACAAAAUUUUUUGCGGACCGGCCCGGAAAAAAUUUUUUUUUUAUUUUUUUUAAAACUGCUUUAAAAAAUUGCAAAGAAAACAUAUUUUUAAGUGUUUUUAAACGUAGAAAAAGCAAUUUUAGCGCUCUUUGCUUUUUUUAAAAAUAAAAAAAUUUUUUUUUUGCGGACCGGACCGGACUUAAAAAUUUUGGGUUUGGACCGGACCGGACCCAAAAAUUUGAAGUUUGGACCGGACCGGACCCGAAAAUCGCCGGACCGGACCGGUGAAAAACGCUCCGGACCGGUCCGGGCAAAACACUGGAGUCAGUCUUAAAAAGCAGCUUUAAAACUUGAAAAAUUAUUUAUACAAAUGAAAAGUGCAUCAGAACAUAAUACAUAAUUAACUUUUUUAGCUGCUCUUAAAAAUAUAGUUGCAACUUUCAAAAAUUUCUAUACUAUCCUUAAUUCACUUAUCAACAGUUUAUAAAUGGUUAAAAACAAAAACUUUUACUUUUUUCAUAUUAUAGUUUUUUAAAAAUGUCUUUUUGUAUUUUCUGUAAAAAUGAAAUAUGUAGUAACUCCCCCCCCCCAGCGCCCGGCCCUGCCUACUCUCAUACCUAUAAAAAGCCUUGUAAAACAGUCAAAAAUUAUGCUACGAAAGCGGAUUACACUAUUUUACGUCGGCGGAAGCUUUAACGGAUAUAUAACUUGAAUAAUCUUGAUUUCUUACAACAUAUAUAAUAAUGAUGAAACAAUAUUAACUAAAUGCUAGCUUUAUAUUUAGCUUAAUCUUCUGAAUAUCAAGUGGAUUUUUUGAAACAAACAACUAUUACUUAUAAAUUACUGCGUAAAAGAUUACUGUUAUAUCAAAAUUUUUUCAAAGUUUUAAAAUUUUUAAAACUUUAAAAUUUUCGAACUUUGAAAUUAAAAUUUUUUUAAAUUUUAAUAUUAAAGCAUACCUAUUGCAGAUUCGACUACGACGACACCACCCAAUGUAUCCUCCGUAACAUUGGCCAAUGUUUGUCCAUCAAGUACCCGGAUGGUGCUUCUGAUGACAUGGGUAUCUCAUUCUUGCCUGAAGAACAGUAUCAUCUGGAUACUGUGAAUCUUCACUGGGGAUCCGAACCUAUGAAUGGUUCUGAACAUACAGUUGGUGGUGUUGGCUAUGCUGGGGAACUGCACUUUAUACACCGAAACUUGAAGUACACCAGCCUGGAGGCGGCUUCUAAACAACCAGAUGGCAUCGUGGCUUUCGCUGUGUUUUUGAAUGUGAGUUAUAUAGACUAGGGAUUGGGCUAGGACGUUGGGCUAGAGUUCUGAGCUAGGGUUUCGAACUAGAGCUCUGGCUUGGGCUAGGACUCAGGAAAAACUUAGGGCUCAUAAAUAAAAAAUUAUUUCAGGAAUCCCACGGUGACAAUCUCAACUUCAUUCCACUGACUAAUAUCUUAUCUAAUGUGCAGUACAAUGGAAGUGAAUCUGGACUCUCAGGCUUCAAAUUCAGUGCUUUAUUGCCACCGAAUGAGAAAGCCAAAGAGUUCUGGGUUUAUGAAGGAUCAGAAACGGUGGAACCGUACCGUGAAACAUUGAAAUGGAUCGUGUUUAGAGCUGCCAUACCUAUAUCUUCUGAACAGGUAAGGGAAUUUGUAAAAGAAAUGCUGUUAGAAAAGUAAAAGGUUGGGUAGUGUGAUGUAAGAUACGGUAAACUGAGGCAUGAUAAAAUAUGUUAGGGUGAAGUAAGGUAGAACAGAAAAAAGCGGGGCAGGAUAGGGCGAAGGCAGGAAAAAAGCAGGGCAAAGGCAGGGCAAAGGCAGGGCAAAGGCAGGGCAAAGGCAGGGCAAAGGCAGGGCAAAGGCAGGGCAAAGGCAGGGCAAAGACAGGGCAAAGGCAGGGCAAAGGCAGGGCAAAGGCAGGGCAAAGGCAGGGCAAAGGCAGGGCAAAGACAGGGCAAAGGCAAGGCAAAGGCAGGGCAAAGGCAGGGCAAAGGCAGGGCAAAGACAGGGCAAAGGCAGGGCAAAGGCAGGGCAAAGGCAGGGCAAAGGCAGGGCAAAGGCAAAAGCAAAGCAGGGUAAAAAAAAGUAUUCAAAUUUGAUAUUUCAGUUAGAGAAGCUGCGUCAACUCAACAAAACCAAGUACGAGGACGAAGUUGAAGCUAAAAUGACUCCAAUUCGGUCUAUUCAACAACUAAAUGGUCGUUUGGCACGGUCGUCGUUCAAGUCUGUCGCUCAAGCUGAACUACCAUAA